ACUCUAACUGCAAGCGGCGCUAAAUCUUGUCAAAACGAAGAAAUUUUCUUUGCAGAGCCCAUAAAUUUUUGCUAAUUUUAAUAAUAAAAAAAAAAACGAUUAGCAGAAAUAUAAAGCUGUUUUAAAUUUUAUCUAUAUAACAAAUUACAUAAAUAUUUACAAAUAAUGGGUUCAGAUGAUCGUGAUAGACGUCGCCACAGAUCCCGUUCGCGUUCCCCCCGCGAUAAUAGACGCCGUUCCCGUUCACGUGAUCGUGAGCGUCGUGGGCGUGAUGUUCCUGGUGUAGAUUUCAGAGGUUCCGGAGCUCGCAUCAAGGGUACCAGACGUCGUAAGCCUUCUCUUUAUUGGGAUGUACCGCCACCAGGUUUUGAACAUAUAACACCAUUGCAAUAUAAAGCUAUGCAAGCAUCUGGUCAAAUACCGGCGAAUACGGUACCAGAUAUACCGCAAGCAGCUGUACCUGUAGUUGGUUCCACAAUUACCCGCCAGGCCAGACGUUUGUAUGUGGGCAAUAUACCAUUUGGUGUGACCGAAGACGAAAUGAUGGAGUUCUUUAACCAGCAAAUGCAUUUGACCGGACUUGCGCAAGCGGCCGGCAAUCCAGUGCUGGCGUGUCAAAUUAAUUUGGACAAAAAUUUUGCUUUUCUCGAGUUUCGUUCCACCGAUGAAACAACACAGGCCAUGGCAUUUGAUGGUAUCAACUUUAAGGGCCAAAGUUUAAAAAUACGAAGACCGCAUGAUUAUCAGCCCAUGCCUGGAGUGGUGGACACUUCGCCCAUACCACAACCAGUUACUAACGGUGUCAUUUCGACUGUGGUACCAGAUUCUCCACAUAAAAUCUUUAUAGGUGGUCUACCCAAUUAUCUUAACGAGGAACAGGUUAAGGAGCUGCUAUUGUCUUUUGGCGCUUUAAGAGCCUUCAAUUUGGUUAAAGAUACUGGCACUGGCUUGAGCAAAGGUUAUGCUUUUACUGAAUAUGUGGAUCACAGCAUAACAGAUCAGGCUAUUGCCGGCUUAAAUGGCAUGCAAUUGGGCGAUAAGAAACUGAUUGUACAACGUGCCAGUGUGGGAGCUAAAAAUGCCCAAAAUAAUCCAGCAGCAGCAGCUCCUGUUACCAUACAAGUACCCGGCCUACCAAUGUUGGGCAUAUCUGGUCCACCCACUGAAGUCCUGUGUCUUCUCAACAUGGUUACACCCGACGAACUGCGCGAUGAAGACGAAUACGAAGAUAUUUUGGAAGAUAUCAAGGAAGAGUGUAAUAAAUAUGGUGUGGUGCGCAGUGUUGAGAUACCACGACCCAUUGAAGGUGUCGAUGUUCCCGGUUGUGGUAAGGUCUUUGUGGAAUUUAACUCGGUUAUAGAUUGUCAAAAGGCCCAGCAGGCAUUAACGGGUCGCAAAUUCAGUGAUCGUGUUGUAGUCACCUCAUACUUUGAUCCCGACAAGUAUCAUCGUCGUGAAUUUUAAGUUAAUAAAUUUUCUUUUCUAGUUUCAAAUACACACAUAAUUUAACACAAUACCAAUACAAUUCAAAAUAAUAUUGAGUGAACAUUUCUCCAUAUGUGUAUUCAACUAUAUAUAUCUAUCUAUAUAUGUAUGAGAUGUAAAUGUUCGUAAUUAGCUGUAAACAAUAACAUUACAAUAUUUUCUUGCUAUCCUACAUUACACUACAUUAGGAUGUAGUGUAUUAUUAUUAUUAUUUUAUUAAUAUGUAUAAUAAUAUUCCAUAUACAUACAUACAUACAUGCUGCAUACAAAUUAUUCAAAAUGUAUUUUCAUGAUUUUAUUCUGAAACGUAUCUUUUGUGUAAUUUAGGUAAAAUUUAUACAAGAAGGAAUUAAUAACUGCAUAUUAAACACAAAUUCAAUAAAGCAACAGGCAUAAUGCAAAUACUUAAUAUGUAUUCAAAAAAUAUCAAA